CGUGCUCCAAACAAAUGCUUUUUUAAAGGUGUUCUGAUUGGUCAAAUUGAAUUAAACAAGAAAGGAGGGCGUGAUAAGAAAAGCUAAACCACGUGUGACGCGCUUUGAAAAAUUAUGGCUCAAAAUUAUAGUCCCGAUACGGGAUAUGUAAAUAUUCACGGACAAGACAUUAAAGUUUUCGUUUGCGACAAAACGGGGAGAAUUCUCAUUCCUAUUGAUGAAGUAAAGGAUAUGGGAUUUAGGAUUUAUAAAAGGAAUCAGUUCUCUAGAUUUAUCGUUGACGACAAGCAAUUUAAUCGCGAAUUUGAUUUGUUUAUGUUGCAAGCGGCUCAAACUUACAUGUUAGAAAAGAAAAUUGCAUUCGAUGAAAAUGUCGUAUUAGAGAGCAUUCAGAAAUGCAAGAAAAUUUUAACCCAGGAAGCUCCUGCCAACAAUUUUGUUCACAAUCAUGUGAUUAAGAAGAAUUCCGAUGAUAACAUAACAAUCACAACGAAUGUGCAGUCACCUACUUUACAGAACGUACAAUUGCAAAAUAAUAAUCAACAUAAUUUUUCUAAUAAAAGACGUAGUCCUGCGUCUUCAGUUCAUUCUUUUGAUGGGAGACAAAAUUCUUCAGAAUAUAAGAAAAACUCACACAAUGUAAACCAUAAUCAAGAAAAUCUAAAUCUAAAUACUUCGUUUGAACUUAGAAAACCAAGAAGUAUUAUUAAUGGAGAUGGAUCACCACAAUCUACCAAUGGUCAAGAUGAUAAGAAGAGGCGUAAUUUUCAAAAUUUGCCCAAGCUCUCUAAUAUUGUGUUAAAUAACUCUAACCAUACAAUAUUGGUAACACAUGUAGAAGCAGGUGUGAAUAAUAUCUUCUGGGGCCAAAACACCGAAAAUAGCGAUACUCUUCUUGAGAUCGAUGCUAAAGUUAAGGAAGAGGUUGCGAAAAAUAAGCAAAUGAUUUGCAGUGAUUUCAUUCUCAAUAAAGUCUACUUGGCACAAGAUGAAGGGUUAUGGGCUAGAUGCAAGGUGAUCAAAUUUAGGCCUCUGAAAGUUUUCUUUUUGGAUUAUGGCAAUAUUGCUGAUGUUAACGAAGUUAAAGAGGCAUCAGAAGAAUUAGGAAAAUAUCCUUGCCAGUGUGUAAAACUGAAACUAGAGGAUUCUACUAUCAAACCAAAUGUUUAUGACACUCUCAGUAUUAAAGUAAAGGAAAAGCAAGAAAACACUUACAUUGUCACUAUCUCAGACACAGAAGAAACUUAUUUUUUAAAACCACCACCUUUGUGUCAGCUACAGCAUGGCCAGAGGGUUAUAAUUGUUUCCCAAAGUGAUGGAAAAUUGGCUCUCAGGACUAGAGAAUGCCUUGAAAAGUUCAAACAAGUGGAAGAAGCUCUUAAAGAAGUGACUCCUAAACCUGUGAGCAGUGUUAAGAAAGAUCAACUUGUUUUAUUAUAUCGAAACAGUGAUUUACAAAGAGGAAUUGUUACAAAUAUUCAGGAGAAUAAAGUGGAACUUGAGUUACUAGAUUACUAUGAGAAAGUUAAGGCCGAUUUAUCUUCUUUACGCAAUAUUGCUGAAUCUCUAGCUAAAGAACCAGUUACAUAUCUCGUCACACCAUCUGUAAAGGGGCUCUCGGAAAAAUCUGCUGAGAUUAUCCAAAAACUGAUUGAAUCUCGAGCCAAGUCUACUGUUGUUUUAAAUGGGGGCGAAUUUGACCUACAAUUUGGAAAAGAGUUGUUGUCUGAAAGACUGAAACCACAACUUGAAGAAUCUGACCCAAAGCGAACAAUGUUAAAAGACAUGACUCGGUUCAAGCCUAGAUUAGGUGGAAGUGAAUACCUUCUGAACAAUUUUAGAAACAAAGACAACAUUACCAUCGGUUGCGUUGAUGCCAUUGAGACUCAUGUGGAACACAUCAUCAAAACAGAAUUGGAUGAUACUGAACCAUACGAACCCAUCACAGGAGAGAUUUGUUUUGGUUCAUACAUUGGAAAUUGGUCCAGAUGCGUAAUCAACCGCAAAAUGAAUUCGCGAUACGAGGUUGAGUUCAUCGAUUUUGGAAAUGUGGAAAUUCUCAAAGGGGAUCAGUUGAGAAAAUUAACUGACGAUGUUAAGGAUACUCCGGUUUUAGGCAUUUCAUGCCGUCUGAUUGGUUUACCAACUCUAAAAAACGUGGAUGAGUUAUUAAAAGAAAUCAUUAAAGAAGGGGAAUCUUACGAAGUGAACCUGAUACGAUUGAAUGGUGACCAAUAUGAAAUUGAAAUUCCUGCUCUCAUCAAGGCUUUGAAAGAAUGUGUUUAAUUUUAAUGUUUCUUGUUUUUGUUUACUCAGUUUUUUAAAUGAUGAUUCUUAGUUUGUGUUUAAUGAUGAUCCUUAGUUUGUGUAAUUUUGAUGGGACUUGCUCUUAAGUUUACUUUAAGAAAUAAAUUUUUACUUACAUGCAA